GUCUUAAACAUCCUCAGCUGUGCUUCUUCUCUUCAGUGAUCCUUCCCCUCCUUCCUCCCUUGCAAUUGACUCCACCCCCUCCAUGAUGUCAUCUCAGCCCACACCUAUCCAGGGGUCACGACCUGUGACCCCUCCGCUGAGAUCUGCAGGAUCCCCACGUUCCCUGGAGUCCCUGCAGCCUCCAGCCUACAGGCAAAGAGACCGCUCCCCCUCCCCGAUGAGAGGCUACCUCAUCCCCAGCCCUCUGCCCACACGCAGAAACAGAACCUGCUCAGCGACGGCUCGUGCAUCCGAGGGUCCGGUGUUUUCUGGUGUGUGUAAAUGCUUUUCCCGCUCCAAAGGCCAUGGCUUCAUCACACCAGCCGAUGGGGGCAACGACAUCUUCGUCCACAUCUCAGACAUUGAGGGUGAGUAUGUGCCGGUGGAAGGUGACGAGGUGAGCUACAAAGUCUGCUCCAUCCCACCCAAACACGAGAAGAUCCAGGCAGUGGAGGUGACCAUCACCCACCUCAAUCCAGGAACCAAGCAUGAGACCUGGGCGGGACACGUUGUCAGCAGCUGAGCGCUGAUCCUCGCAGGGCGUGGGUGGGAGGGAAUCUCGAAAAGAAUUGACGAGGGAUGGAAGGUUUGAGGAGGGCGGUGUUGGAUUGGUUGUUCUGAUUAUUUAAUCCUCCAAAACAUGAGGAGAAAUCUGAAUCAUCUCAUAGUUUACUUAUGUUGGGAGACUUUUGUCCUUUUGGGAUUGAGUUACUAUAAUACAAAUGGUUUGACUGGUAAAUGAAUAGAUUUAAAACAACGGUGAGCGAUGUUUUUCAGUGAGAGAUUUCUAACAUAAGGUUUAUUGCUUAGAUUUGUAGACUCCUUAAAAUUUGGUGUUUUUUUUUUUUUUUUAAAGUUGAUUCCAGCAUCUUGUUCAUUUCCAGGAACAGAUCUUGUGAAAGAAUUCUGUAUAGCAGCACAUGAGGAGGAGCCAAGUGUGGUCUCAGUGGUCUCAGUGCUGUGUGAGCACUCCAUGUUGUGCGGCACCAUCAGGUUUCUUUGCAGCUAUACUGUGUGUGCCUACUUCUACCCAGAGAACUGACAGCUCUGUUCGUGCCUCAUACUCAUACCAGCCUCUCAUCUGUGUUUGACUGUGCAUGGAUGCCUCUCAGAGCGAAUAAAGGCUUUUUCAACUGCUA